UUUCUUUUCCACAAUCAAAUUUUUAGAGUCCGCCAUCGAAGUUGUCCUCCUCUCCCUCUGUUCUGUUUGCGCUUUAAAUUCGAAAGAAAAAGUUGCAUUUAUACAAAUUUUAACGAGUUCAAUUUUUUGUGCUCAUAAUUAGUUAAUAAAAUAACUUAAUUGUUUUAAGUUCCCGAGUUAUUUAUUUUUAAAAAACAAACCACAAAAUGUUUUGGGGACUCAUUUUAAAAGCAAACAAAAAGUACACGCAAACAACAAAGCAGGCAUUCCAUGUUUCUCAAGCCGCCCUUGAUGUUACCUCGUGCAGCGAUGGACCUAUCCAACUCUUCCUCACAUACGAAAACAUCAAAUAUUUGAUUUGUACUCUUCGCAAGAACACCACCGAACAAGUUAUGUUGGACUUGAAUUUCAACGAAGGCGAUGAGAUCUCUCUUCAGAGCAAUGGUAAUGGAACAAUCCAUAUUUCUGGAUAUAUCACAGACCUGAGUGAUCAAUUUGAUGAUCUAUCUGACGAAGAUUCAGAUGCUGCUGAAGAGAUGCUUGCUCUGCCCAAGAAAUCAAAAAAAGAAGCAAAAGCCAACAACAGCAAAUCGGGCAAAAAAGCAGCAGUAGCCGAUGAAGAAGACGACGACGAUGAUGAUGAGGAAGACGAUAGCGACUUCAAUGGAGAGGAAGGAGCUGCCGGUGCAGACAGCGAUGACGAUGAGGAAGAAGACGGCGAAGAAGAUGAUGAGGAAGGCGAUGACGACGACGAUGACGACGAUGAAGACGAGGAAGAAGAUGAAAGUGAAGAUGAAGAAGUGCAACAGCCAAAAGCCAAGCAAAUUAAGCUGGAUAAGCCCAAGCAAAAUGGCGUCGAACCAGCACAAAAGAAGGACGGCAAACAGAAAAAAGACAAGAAGGACGCCUCCCAACAGCAGCAACAGCAAGGAGCCCAAAAGCAAAAGGGCGAACAAACCCUUGCCGGUGGCGUUAAAAUCGAAGAUAUCCGUGUAGGCAACGGACCCGAGGCCAAAACAGGCAAGAGAGCGCAAGUCUACUAUGAGGGUCGUCUCAAGUCAAACAACAAAGUCUUCGACAGUCUGAAGCAAGGUGGUCCCUUCAAGUUCGGUUUGGGUCGCGGUGAAGUCAUCAAGGGCUGGGACGUUGGUGUAGUUGGCAUGAAGGUAGGAGGAAAGAGACGUAUCACUUGCCCCCCACACAUGGCCUACGGAGCGCGAGGAUCUCCACCAACCAUUCCACCAAACAGCACAUUAGUGUUUGAGGUCGAAUUAAAGGGAGUGCAGUAGAAGGUGUUUCACAACAACAAACAUUGUGUGAGCGGCAGGAAAAGAAGGAGUAUUUUUCUUAAUAACAUUGUUGAGCUUUUCUUAUUAACCGAAUGUAAAAUCGUUACUCUUUACCUUAAUAUUAACUUUUUUAUCUCUGUUACAACAAGUGAAGAAAUAGAAGAGGUUCAUUUUUUACAAAAUUGUUUCUGUUAUUUCCUCUAUUUGCUUUUUUUUUAGUGUUUUCUCUUUGCAUUUUUUUUACAAAAAUUGAAUUACAAAUUAUUUUCGUCGUUAAAAUUGGUUUAUCAAAAAAACAUCAGUUAUCCAAGUCAAGCCCAAUUCUUGUUCUUUUUUAAGUUUAGAUACAGAAGUAAAGAAACUGAUAGAUUAAGAAAAUUGCCCAGCAAUUUACAUAAUAAUAAAGUUUUUUUUUAAAUAAUAAAUAAA